CGCCGAUAAGCAUACCACUGCAAAAAUAUUUACGCAUUGGCAGCAGCGCAUUUGGGAGUUGUUUACACAAUCGUAGGCGAGAAAACAAAAGCAUCCUCACUAUUUUGGGGAACACGAGCAUGCUCUUUCAACUCAUUGGAAAUGAAAGGGCAGAGAAAGUGGCGGUGAGCUCUCGUUGUCGCCGUUCUCUUUUUGCUGCCUGCAGCGGCGCAUUCAAUUUGCGAGGCAAUUGAGUUCGUUACAGUUGGUUUGUGAAUAAGUUGUGAAAAUUUUUACGAAGAGCAGAGGCGCUCUCUCCGCAGGAAGUUGUCAAAACGUUAAAUGCUAUUUUGCAGAACAGCAUCCAGAGAUACAGUGACGUCCAUUCGCAAGUAGAGAACUCUUGAGGAACAUGCGCAAAGACCAAGUUGGUAGUGACAGUUUGGUGAAUAGGGCCUAACAAAGUGAAGAGAUAACUUAAACUGUUCAAAGAGAGCUAGCCAUGGCAUUUUCCCGGCAUAAUAUUGAGAAGCGCCGACUCAUUGAGCUAGUACGCCUAAACCCUAUCCUGUGGGAUUGUCGCUUGCCCCACUAUAAACGCUCAGACAAAAAAAAGGCUAUUAAGUGGAACGAACUUGGACGUCUAUUUAAUGUAAAUGGGGAGCGUGUACAGCGAACCUUCACUUCGCUUCGUGAAAUAUUUAGACGCGAGCUCAACCAUGAAAAGUUGCUGGGAACUUCGCGAUUCAAAUCAAAGUGGGAGUACUAUGACUCAAUGGCCUUCCUCAAGGAAGUUAUACGAGAGCGAAAAUCCCGUGAACGCAUGAAACAUGAACCUGCUCAAGUUUUACCAGUCAACAAUAAUAAAAACAUUGUCAGACGAAACAGUAGCAACAAUAAUAGCAGCAGUGCGAUCUUAGAUGAGUACCAAUACUUUGCGCCCGGUGACCCCAACAAUCCAAAUAAUCAGCCAUUGCCACAGACCCAAAUUCAUCAGCCAGAUCCAAAGGAUAGUCUGUCGACAAGUCUGAGUGUAAAUUUCAGUCAGCUACCCAAUUCUUUACAACAGCAAGCUCAACACAUGCAAGCUUUGCAAUUGCAGCCAGACAUAACAUUAACCUCCCGUAAUGCACUCCAAAAGCAGGCGGUUUCAACGCCCUUAUCCCGGCCAAAUUCCGUGACCAUGCCAACUAACUCACCCGUCCAAGUACUGUCCUGCUCGCGCUCUUGUAGCUCCUCACCGUCUAUUUACGUCAAGGACGAACCACGCUCUCCUGACAGGGUGGAGAUUCGAGAUGAUCCGGGAAAUGGACCUCAGACGAUCAAGAAGUUGGCAACGAUUCGACCUCAAACUAAACAGCACCUUAAGGCGCGAUUACUUCCAAUGACCAAGCACUCAUCGUUGUACGCCACCUUGCCACCAAACCUUAUUAUCAAUUCCAAUAAUGAGCUUAUUGACGCGGAUGCUGGGGAUCUCGAUGAGGACCUGGAUGCUUUUGAUGAAGACGACGACGCCACCGGGCACUGCUCACCAACUGUCGACGUGGAUAUGAUGAGCCCAGAUGGCUGCCUAUCUCCUGACAGUAGUUACAUAGAGGAUAGCAGGCCACUUAAUCACUCGCAGUCGCAUCCCUUCCGCAGCCCUAGAGAGCUGCUAUAUAUCAAAUUUGGUGACUUCCUAACCGCUCGGUUAAACACUUUGCACGAGACAGUUGCCAAUGAACUAAUGAACAAGAUUCUGGUGCUUAUUGCUGAGAAGUAAAGGCAGAAUGAUUUAUUCAUCAAAAACAAACUUAAAUUAUAAAAUUUAUCUUAAAUUUUUACCACGAAUAUGUAUUGCAUAGAUGUGAACUUGACCAAAGUGGCUCCAAUCCUCCCAUCAAUUCCAAUUUAGACAAUCGUUUUUUUUUUAUUUUUGUCUCAAUUACUUCCCAUCAAAAUACGCUGCAAAUAAUUCUUCCCAAAAUAUUUAAACCCGUUGGGACGAAAAACAUUUUAAUAUUUAAAGAUAAAAAAUAUGAAAAAAAGUAUUCAGUCAAACUUCCCAGACUACAUAAUUCCCGAUACUCUUCUCUUUUAUCAACUCGCUUUCUUUCUAUAAAAGUUAUUUCAAUUUAACUAAACUUUGAAAGCAUAUAUUCUCUAAAUAAUAUAUUGCAUACUUUAGUGACUUCGUCAUAAAACGUCGUUUAGUCAUAACUCGGCAUCAACACAUUUUAAAAAUUCUCUUCUGAGCUGGCGCUGCAAAAAUAUUCAAACUUUAUAUUUUUAUGUAUAUAUGUAAGUAUAUACUAGAGCGGGUCAAUUUUGAUAAAAAGUAUUUGAAGAAUAAUUAGGACGCCCGAGAAGGGUAAAGUUUUCAAUUUGUAAUACUUUUAGUAUUUAUUGAGUUUCCAUGUUAUAAAAUUGACGAAUGUUUUGCACACUUUGUAUUUGAAUGUAUACUUAGCUUUAUAUUUGACGUACCCCUAAGGUUUUUUCGCAACUAUAGGAUCAAAUAAAAUAAAAACUUGAGAUUAAAUACCGGCGACAAACCUGGAUUUCAUGUGUUACGUGGUGAACGUAUGCUCGACACCCUACCCGGCUUGUGUGGCCAACAUAACGCUCCUCUAGCAAAUUUUUUUAACUUGAUUUUUCUUAUUCAUAAAAUGAAAGUUACUUAUGCGUAAAACGAUAUUUCGAUAUUCUCAAGUUAGAGUAUCUGAAACGAUCCCAUGUUACAUUACGAUAUUUAUAUCUCAGAUUCAAAGUUUAGAAGUACAAUACUUUUUUAUGCCUGAAAUUAAAAAUAGUCAGAAAAAGUUAUUUAUUUGUAUUUUUGAAGCGACCCAAUAGUCAAAUAGCGCUAAAGCGAAAAAUUUUACUUCACUUUCAUGUCUAAAAAAUUUUUUUUUUUUUUUUAAAUUAAUUGAAUUUAUUUUCAAGGCAUUUGAUAGACGACUUUGAUAGACUUUUUAGAGUUUUAAACUUAGGAAAGGCGCUAGGAUUGGCACGGUAAGACGAACGUCUUGGGGCAGAGGCCCGCAAGAUCCGCUUUAUUAAAUUCAAAAUUUUGAUUUUUUGAAAAACAACAUUUUUUAGAAUCAUUCGAUUAUAAAAAUCAAAAUCAGAAGAACGAAAGCAUAUUUUAUUUGAGUGUGUUACCCCACCUCUCUUCUCGUCAUGAUAGACAAAUGCAUUGUUUGGAGCUUCCCUUGCUAAGCUUUAUCUGCUUGUAUAUUCGGCAUUGAUGUUACGGUUAAAUUGAACCCUCUAAUAAAUAUUGAAAUAUUAA